UCUCCGCGAACUUGGUCUCCCCAUGCGUGUAUGGGGUGAUACCGGCUGCUCUUGAUUCUGCCUCUACUCAGAAAGCAACAGCGGUAACAUCCACGGGUGGGGUACGAUCACAAACAAAGAACGUGAAAUGGAUGACAUAAGAUCUUGCACCUGCAUUGCUCCUGUAAACAUCGCGGUGGUAAAAUAUUGGGGAAAGAGAGAUGAACAUCUGAUUUUACCAGUGAAUUCAUCUGUUAGUGUGACACUAGGUCUGAAUGAGCUCCAUGCAAAAACAAGUGUUGCUGCAAGCAGCAAGUUUACUGAUGACAGACUGUGGCUUAAUGGCAAGGAGCAGUCAGUAGGGAACCCUAGAGUACAAAAUGUUCUCAAGGAGGUCAGGCAGAAGACUGGCCUUACCGGGAUGGGUGAUGGUGCAGAGGUCAAGGUUCACAUCUGCUCUGAAAACAACUUUCCUACUGCAGCUGGUCUGGCAUCUUCUGCUGCAGGUUAUGCAUGUCUAGUCUACACACUUGCCAAUUUGUAUAAAGUGAAUGGCGAGCUCUCGCUAAUUGCAAGGCAAGGAUCAGGAAGUGCAUGUCGAAGCAUUUAUGGAGGCUUUGUUUUGUGGGAGAUGGGAGAGCGCCCUGAUGGAAUGGAUUCUGUGGCCAGACAAAUUGCACCUGCUGAUCACUGGCCAGAUCUUCGCAUUCUUAUCCUGGUGGUGAGUGACCAGAAGAAGCAGGUAGGAUCCACGGAGGGAAUGCAGACCACAGUGAUGACAAGUGAGCUUAUGCAGCACAGAAUUAAAAUGGUGCCCAAGCACACACAAGACAUCAUCAAAGCCAUUCAAGAUAGAGAUUUUCCCACUUUUGCCAAAAUCACAAUGCAGGAGAGCAAUCAGUUUCAUGCAGUUUGUCUGGACACGUAUCCUCCCAUUUUCUACCUGACGGACACAUCACGACAGAUCAUUCAGUUGGUGCAUGCCUACAAUCAGGUGCAUGGUGAGGCAAAGGUUGCCUACACAUUUGAUGCUGGACCCAAUGCCUGUCUGUACCUGAUGGAAAAGGAUGUGUCUCCUUUUCUGGCCCUGGUCCAGCACAAUUUUCCAUGUAACAGUAAGGCACCAGAUCAGCCUUUCAUUCGAGGACUACCUGUCACUCCUGCUUCUCUAUCUCAGAGUGAACUAGGCCAAUACCCAUUUUUCAACAGUGAGGGUGCUGUGCAGUAUAUCAUUCAUACACAGAUAGGGUCAGGGCCAUGUGUUCUGCAGGAUGAGGAAGACAGUCUGUUGGAUGCAGCAGGUUUACCCAAGCAUCUUGCCCCCUGACACCUUCUCCAAGAAGCCGACCAGCAACAGGAAAUUACUGCUUGCUUAAAUUAUUUCUUUUAACAUAUUUAUCCAAACCGCUGGAUAACAAGAUUAAGCCAUUCCUGAAUGCUCAAGAUCUGACCACAUUUUAUCCAGCCCAGCUUAAAAAGUUCAGCUGACUAUAUGUUUUACAUCAAGCAGUUUGGAAGGUUUUUUUUCAUCUUAACUGAUGAAUUAUCAAAUCAGAUCAUGUGCAUGACUGCUGUAGAAAACUUUCAUCUCUUAUGAGUUUUCAUGGCUAUGAGAUCAUUGUUUGGAAUAGUUAAGACAGUAUUAUGUAUGGUCAUUAAUAAAACUGAACAGGAUAAA